GUUAUCACCAAGUUCGGGGCAAACUCCAGCUGCUGGGUCAAACACACUGACAGUAACUGACAUUAACACAAUUUGACACACCAAAACACCUUACGAAACAAUAAGGCUGUGAGAAAAGACAACCAGAGACCGACGAGCAUGGAUACAACAUCUUCAUUUAUCAAAUCUGUGACCAAGCGCGUGUGGUCUCCACCACAGCGUCCCUUCAGAGUGUGUUGUCACAACAGGGAGACCAGGAAGGGCAUCACAGCCGGGACCCUGGAGGAGCUCAAAGAGAGGGUAUGCCAGGCGUUGCUGCUGUCCCUGUCUGCCGUGUCUCUGUCUCUGGCCUGUGAGGAGGACGGUACAGAGGUGGACUCCAACGAGUUCCUCAUGACCCUGCCUGACAACACCAUGCUCAUGGCCCUGAUGCCUGGACAGACAUGGAGACCUCAGCCCGGUGCAGUCGUGUCCAAAUCUCAAGGCCACAACAAGCCUCGGACGGGGAAAGACAUAGCUCGUGUCACCUUUGACCUUUACAGGAUGAGCCCGAAGGAUGUCUUUGGCUCCCUGAAUGUGAAGGCCACAUUUCAAGGCCUGUACUCUGUGAGCGCUAACUUUGAGUGUCUGGGGCCCAAGAAAAUCCUCAGAGAAGCCCUGCGUGUAGCCUCCACCCUCCUGCACGCCGUUGGACACCUGCUCAUCACCUCCGCCUCCAUGAUCCGCCGCAUUAUCGAAGGCACUGAGCUUUGGCAGCCACAGAGGACGGAGUACUCAGCCAACUGGAACUGACGGAGCAAAGAGAGUAACAUCUGAUGUCAUUGUUGACUUAAUGGGGUUUGGUUGGCUGGUCUAAGAUCUUUUGAAUAUAUUCCCAUAAUUGAGCAUCUCAUUAUAUAUCUGAUCUGCUGUUUACCUCUUACAGAGGCAUGACCAUCUGUUAAGGUAGUAUCUGUAAAACAGUGAUAAUUUUGAAGCUCAGUGUUGUAGCUGGAUAACAUGAGAAUGAAUGUCGUAUGUGUUAAUGUAGUUUUUCUAUUCUUUUGUGUAAUAUAUUACUACAUAAUAUUCUAGAAUUGCACUUUAUUUUUGUUAAUUUGUUGUGGAUUAUGUUUUGUUUCUAUCUGCUCUGAGAUUAUAGGUGAUAACAAACCACCGCGGUUGUUAUUUUGAUCUGAAACACCAGUCUUUUAUGUAAAAUAAAAUAUUACAGCAUUGAGAAAAAAAAA